AUGUCUGAGGUGAGGGCUGUGUGCCACAUUUCGCCCCCCCGCGAGAGAUCGGUGGAUAAAGAGGCCGAAAAUGAAGCACUGCAUUGUGACUCUUCCAUCCAUGUCAGCACAAACAAGUUUCAAGUCCACAUGAUGCAUCGCAGGCGCCUGUACAGACAAUAUGCGAUGGACCUGUCUCUUUGGUCCGACACGCACUCGUACUAUCAACUCAUGAUGUGGUGCCAUGAUCAUCAUGUCUUCGUGCAUCCUACAGUGGAAAUUGCUCGACAACGCAGCGCGUUUCGAGAGCAUGUUUUCCUGGUUAGGGAUGAUGUGGAAGCUUUCACUCCUCUCCUGGCGAUUCCAGAAGACUUGGUCAUCGGCUUCAAGGAUGCUAACACAGAGUCGAGUGACCCAGCUGCGGGAAGGGACGACCGCAACAAUCUGUAUGAUGCGAAGCGCGAGGCGGAGUUCCAUAAGGUGAAUACCGGCGACCACAGUGAUGCUGACAUCUGUCAGUUCUUCUUUGCCUCACUCGGAAUGAUUGUUUCAGAUCUCAUUACGGCGAAGAGCAGUCCUUUAACGGAUCCUCGACACUUGUUCGCAGAACUCCUGAGUAAAGUGUCGACACUGCAAAACGCGCCAUACUUUGAUGACAAUGUGGUCUUCGACUCGAACGAAACCUCUCUCGCUGAUGUGCUGCUGCAGAUGAUCCGCAACUACAUCCAUGGUGGCCCGCUUGUGAACAAGGUACCCUUGGAUGAGCUACGCUGGGCUGUCAGUGUCUCCCUGUCGCACUCCACGCCGCUCUCCAUCGGGACUGUUCGGUCAAUAGGCAUUGUCCCGUUGGUCCACCUAUUUCCACACGGCGGGACGGCGACGAAUGCAUACGUUGUCGCACGAACGUCCCGUGACAAGUCUGCUGAAAAGAUGGCCACCUUCUUCAAAUGCAAGUUUGGGUAUGAUUUCCAGGAACAGGCAAACGGCAGGUGGAUCUAUGUUGUCCCAGAUCGGCCACUGAAGGCGGGGGAGGCGAUUAGCUUGCAGGCCAUGGCGCCAGUGUGCGAAAAGGAUAGCGAGGCCGAACAGAUGUGGCGACUGUCGUGCGGGACCGUGCCGGAGUCGUACAUGAUGAGUGGGGAAGCCUCUGCUCGGCAGGAGGCUGCAACAAGGUUCAUUGUUCAGCAAGGCGAGGCUCUUUGGAAGGCAUCGAAGGCGAAACGGUCGCUGUAG